AUGGUCGAGUCUGACAAUGGACCAACGGGCCGAAGCAUUCCACCAAGCAAGCAAAGGCCUUGGUUGCCCACUUCUCUGAGGCGUCCCUACCUCUCUGCUUUGGCUGUCUACUUUAUUCUAAUGGCAGUUUCCAUCGAGGCUCUUCGUCAGUACUCAAACCGUCACCAUGGGCUCAUUCAUGUCAAGUCAUACGAGGACCUCGCCCGGUUUACCUCAGGAGUCUACACCUAUGUACCCACUGCAUUUGCCAUUUUAGCAGUGGCGUUAUGGAAUGUAUGCGCUUUGGAUGUUCUGCGGUUGGAGCCGUUUUUUCAACUCGCCAAACCUAAUGGUGUCCCCGGAGACAUUCUCUUCACCAAUUACUGCUUCUUCUAUGGCAUCAUGGCCCCCAUCAUGGCGAUCCGAAACCGACAUUGGAUUGUAGCGGCUGUGUCAUCGACUUCAAUUAUUCUACGAAUGAUGUUGCCCUCCGUACUGUCUGGUCUCGUGGACCUUGAUGAGCCAAACAUCGUCUUCGCGAGGCAUCUCGAUACCUGGCCCAGUCUGAUGAGCCUGGAAUCGCAGAACACUUUACUAGCGAACGCUGCAGCCCGUCUCGGGAAUAACGCCUCAACUCAUGUGGAUACAUUCUUCGCUUAUCAAGUACCUAGUUAUUCCAUGCCGCCCAUCUCAAUGCCAGCACACUCCAGACCGGGAACGGGAACUUCAACCUGGGAACUCAAUCAAGACAUUUACUGGUCUGACAUUAGUUGUGUGGAAACCCAUUCAACCGAAGUCAUUCCUGGUAAGAUAUUUGAUUCUCAAGAUGGCACGCCACUUUUGGAAUGGAACAUUCGCAACUUGUCGAUUCGGAGCUCCUCGGGCACUGAAGAGGCCUCCAAUUGUGAGAUAAAAAUAUCUCUGACCAGCACCGACCCGCCCAACGAUCGACUGCCUCAGCUCAUGUACUGGGAGCCUCGUGGCUCAUACGGAAAUUCCAGUGCCAUUUUCACCUGGAACGGUGACGGAUGUACGCCCUUCUCGCUGUUUGGAAUUUCCAUCGAUGUAAACCCCACGUUGAACAAUCUAUCAUCCAAAGCCAGUGUCUUCGGGUGUACGAGCACAUAUCUACGCACCAAUGCCGACAUAACCCUGCCAGCAAACACGUCAAUAGCCACUGCCACGAAUAUCUCUAGUUCGACAACUUCUUUGACUUCUACGGAUCUCGGCCUUACGGAGUUCCAACGUAUGCUUUUCUCAAGGCUUUCUCUUGAUGGUCGCGGGCGAUUGCACCAAAUAGAAUCGGACAUCGCUUCCUUGGCCGAUGCACAGUCUGAUCGCAUCAGUCUCGCCCAGUACCAAAAAAAUAUCGGUGAGACUUGGAAUCAACAUUUUGUUGCCUCAAUGAACCGAUUUUUCAACACAACAGCGGAUCCGAAUCGGAUUGCGGCCAAGCAUAGCUCUUGGACCAUCGUGUAUAGUGUCACAUCUCAGACAGCCACUCUGGCGGAGGUUCUUUUGCUUUCAGCAGCCUCAUUGCUCCUCGUGAUGUUCUUUCUGUACCCGCUACGGCCAAGCUUUCUUUGUUCAGAUCCUGGUCCGAUCGCAGCGCAAUGUGCCCUUGUCACAGACAUGUUCACUUCGCUCAACCAUAUCACGGAUUCUGGAAUAGAUUAUUGCCGUGCAACUCCCCGGCAACUUCGUCGGUUUUCCCGGUCUCUGUGGUGUAAAUUGAUUGACGGGCCUAAUGGCAAGCACAUCGAGAUAACCCCACGCCAGGGCCAGGCUGCAACAGUGGAGAAUCGAGCUCCGCGCAGGAUGCAACUUAAUACGCGACCCCAUUUCUUGACGCCUCUUUGGUUUCUGAUAGAAUGUCUGCUCAUGACAGGUGUACUAAUUACAUUCGGAAUAGCCUUUCAAUUUAUUCGGCUGGAUAAAUUUGAUACAUCUGACUCUACCGGCACUACCGUGCUUUGGCUUUUCUUGGACUAUGGCCCGACUGUUGUCGCCUCUAUGAUCAGUUCCCUCUUUGUCUCCGUCCACCGACACAUCGGAAGCAUUGAGCCGUGGGUCCAGCUCCGCGAAGGCAUGGCUACGUCCAAAGCUUCAUUGGCAGCUAAUUUUGGCUCUCAUACUUCUCUGACGAUCUGGAGGCAGUUCCGUGACAAAAGGCCGCCUCUCAUUGUCAUUCUCUCUGUGAUCUGUAUCUUUGACUUUGGCCUCACCAUCGCCAGCAGUGGAAUGUUUGAGCCCUCUGUCGAUACAUGGAUGGACCAUACCGAAGUUAUCACCGCACAGUAUAACACUUCGGUGUUUGUCAAUCCACAUAUUCGGACCGAAUUCAGUGGAACCAAUUUGAUUUCUGAUGUUCUGCUCAUCGGAAGGCCGAUGCUUUCUUGGAAUACUGCCAACCUGUCGUUCUACCCCCUUGGAAUAGAUGACCCUGACGCCGAAUAUGUGGACCGGGCUAUCUAUACCGCUCGAACGCGUGGGGUUGGGGUCGAGCUUCAGUGUGGCCAGGCAUCUUACAGCCAUAGCUCGUCCAAUUCUUCGUAUUGGAACUACAAUUCCUCCGUGGGCACAACAGAAUCAAGUUGCACCGCAGAGAUGCAAUCGCCAGUUGCGCUCGAUACAUCAUUUAAAACAUACAACGGAUCGCUCUAUUUCAGUGCUGCUUUAAAUUCAAGUCGCGCAUGUCAGAGGUCUUUCACUAUUGGCCUCGAGGAGAUAAACAAUACUCGGAUUGCCCAUGGGGGCUUCGCAACCGUUUUCUACUGCAGCCCUAAACUCAUACUUGGAGAUUUCAGGUUGGAUUUCGACCUUGAUGGAAUCGUUUCUCACCACCAGCCUAUACAUGCCAGCUCGAUCACGAGUGGACAAAUGUUCCAAAAUGCCUCGGACAGCCUAUCGUCAUUCAACGAUGCCUUUAUGCGAUAUGCCCAAGUCGACAACUCCUGGAACGCGCUUGUGACAUCGCAAGUCUACAACAUUCUUGGUUCUGGCUCAGCUUCUCGAGGCUCUUCUUCGCCACAUUCUCACUCCAAACGGCCUACUCACAAGCACCAUCAUAAACUUCUCCCGACAACUGAGUCCCAGAAGCAGGCGCUCGUCAUGCGCACUGUGCAACUUGCAUAUCAGACAGCUUUCAGCAGCUAUAUAAGCCUCCAGCGGGAUCUCUACCUUUCUCCUCUUACGUCUUCGGGAAACACUAACGCAAGUUUGCCCGCUACUGUGACAUUUGCUGCAUGGUACAUUGAACCAUCCAACAUAACAAUUGUUGUAAUUAUUGUUAUUCUUUCCAUUGAUCUUGCCAUCCUCAUGGGUGUCUUUUGGCUACGCCAUGGGCAUUAUUCCGGUCCGCCCUUUCCUCGUUCAAUCGGAUCUUUGAUCCCCUGGGUCCUCCACAGCAGAAUGUUGAAUGAUGUGCGCGGUACCAGCACUUGGAGUGAAGAAAAGCGCAACGAGCACCUAUGCAAGCUUGGUCAUCGGUACAAAUUUGGCAACCUAGGCAGUGCCGACGGUCGGGUCGGCCUUGAUUACGACGAGAAACCUGCGAUAGAGGAAGAGGAUCAUGAGUUGGCUACAUUUGGGCCAUCCCAGCAAUCCAGAAGCGGAGAGCCUGAAAUUCAUAUGGCCGAUGAUGGCGGGACUUUGUUGAAUCAUUCUGUACAUAGCUCAGGUACAUAG